AUGACAUCAAUGAAAGCGUACGGAAAGGCCACAUGGAUCUGGAGAGUCAGGGUUAGGCUGAUAGACUAUCCAGCUCCCGAGUGGCGGCUGUCGACUGCUGGAGAGCUGAGAAUGCCGUUCUCAGUAACAGUCAAGUACUGCAUCCUGGGCAUCUCGGUCGCUCUUCUUCUGCUGGCGCUGGGCAUCUUGGCAUGGCAGGCCUUCAGAUGCUGCACAGAGAAGCACACUACAAUCACCCGGCAAGAUGCCGUGAACAGUGAUCUGCUGUACUCCGUCGAAAAGUCAAGAACAGUUGGAAACUACUCAGGAGCUCCAAGUACAAGGAUGGAGAAUGUGAGCACAGAGGUCCGCAGGCUGAGUCGCUGUCUGUCUCAGGCCUCGUUUCCCUCCUUGGGAUCCAGCCAGGCGGACGGAGAAGUGGGGGAGCAGGCCAACAUUAAAAAGGUCGAUGGUUCGCUACGUUUUUCCAUCUAUUAUGACCAACUGCAGUCCCAGCUGAUGGUCACCGUCCUGCAGGUGGAGGGGCUCCUGGACCACAGCCAGGUGUGCAGCCUCCAACCAUUUGUUAAGCUGAGACUCAUGUGGGCAGGCUCAGAGGUAGUGGAAGUGGACGACUAUACGGAUGAGGAGGGCGAAGGAACUGCACCUGUCUUGUGGACGGUGCUGCAGGAGUGGCGGACUCGCGUUGUGAAAGGCAGCUGUAACCCUUUAUUUGGAGACCAGUUCAGCUGCAUCAUGCAAGAGGACAAGGAGCUUCAUCACAUCAACCUCAGGAUGGAGGUGAGGCACUUUGAUAAAUUCUCCAGACACACAGUGUUGGGAGAGGUGAGGGUUCCUCUGGGGCAGCUCAACAUUUCCUACCCUCUGGAGCUACAAGAAGAUCUGAAGACACCCCAGAAGGAUCUUGUGGGAGAGGUGCUCCUGACUUUAAAGUUUCUUCCCACCUCUCAGAGGCUUGAGGUUGGACUGCUUAAGGUCCGAACGGUCCCCACUGAAAUAUGCUCAGAUGCGGCCCUGUACGCCAGGAUCAGUGUGCAGUGUAACCAGUGCAAGUUGAGGUACCAAAAAACUUCCGCCGUGGCCUGCUCUCUGGUAACUGUCUUUAACGAGGUCCUCAUGUUCUCCCUGCUAGAGUUUCCUCUGGAGCAGUGUAAAAUAUCAGUUUCUGUGUAUGAGACUCGCACGACUCGGAAAUCACCUAAACAUCUGAUUGGACAGUUGACUUUGGGGAAGGAGAAGAGUUCAGAAGAUAAGCAUUGGAGAUUAAUGAUGCACUCAGUUCGCCAGCCAGUAGCCAAGUGGCAUGGCCUACUGAUCUGACCUGCAUCUUGUUAUUACUCUCCUGCACUUCCUGGAUGUCCGCACCUGCUUGUAUAUGACUGAAAGUUGUAGUGCUUGUGUGUCGGCCUGAGGAAUCUGCACCUGCUUAACUGUAGGAAAAACAUGGACCCCUCUCCCCCUGACACGUCAGUGGUAUAAAGACCUUUCUGUUCCAAUCAGGACAGGAGACUGACUGGCCAACAGAAAACUUAGGUUAAUUAGUCUUCUUGUUCCCCAAAAUAUUUUUUGUUGUAAUCUCUCCAAUGAGCCCCUAAUCUCAUCAUAUUGUAAAGAGCUUUAAAGAUCUGACAUUUGA